AUGUUAAAUAUUGGCUUUGGCUGGGCCUCUUUGGUCUUGGUCGGUGUUUUUACAGUAUUAUUGAAUAUAUUCAUUGUGAAGUACUACUCGGAUAGACAUCAAUCAGAGACACUCACUACUGUUGUAACAGUGAUUGCAUUAUCCAUCACACUGUUAUGUGUGUUGGUCAUCCCAGUAGACAUACUCAAUGUCUCCACAAUGUCAAAUGCAGCAGGCAAUCAUACAAUCAAUCAACAUGAUAUUGAUCAACGCAAUCUAUCAAUUGCAGUCACCUACUAUAUACUAUACUCAUUGAUCAUACUGUUUGCAUUGAUCAUCAUACCAUUCGUUUACUUCUAUUAUGAAGAGGAUGAUGUAGACGUAUCGAUAAGGGAUAGGGUGGUUGGUGCGUGUAAGUACACUGCCUUCCUUGUGGUCUUCACCGUUGUGAUGCUUGUCGUGGGCAUCUUCAUCAGACCGGGCUCGAGCAAGCCUGUUGGCAAUGAGAAUGUAAAGGAUUGGAUCCAAACAGAGAUACUUAGUCAGAACGCUGCACAAGGCUCACUCAUGUUCUCCGUGGCUAUCCUCACACUGCUCGGCUUUGUCGUGUGGAUGGUGUACACUGCCUAUGGCCUGGCGGCCAUGCCCAUCGACAUGAUCAAAGGCAUGCGUCGCCUCUCUGACGAUCGUCGACAGAUCAGCGAGAGUCUCUACGACACGCGCUCACAAGCCAGCUACUACUCGUCCAAGUACGCAAGCGGCAAGACCAUGUCGGCCAAGGAGGAGCACACACUCAGCUUGCUCCGAUCCAAAGAGAGAGCGUUGGAGAAGCACUCAGAGAGGAUGGAGGCCUCCCACUCGGGUCUGCGAAGAAUAUUGAUCGUCUUCAAACCAUUCACAUUCAUCUUUGGAUUCUUCUUCCUCUUGGUCUCCAUUCUCAUUGUCAUUUCAAUCAUGCUCUCACUGAUUGACAAGGUCACCAACUCAAUCUGUGGAUCGUCCUGUGGCUUCCUCACCGACUAUCCAAAGCUCAAGAACCCAAUCGAUCUCUUGCUACAGUCCACCGCACCAUAUUUCCCACUGGAUUAUAUCAUCUUGGGAUUGUUCAUUGUGUAUAUCUAUGCAGUGACAGUGUCUGGCGUCGUGAAGAUUGGUAUUAGAUUCCUCUGGAUCAAGUUAUAUGAGUUCAAUGCACAAAAGACAAUGCCACAGGGCUUGCUACUGUGCUCCAUACUCUUAAUGCUGUCCAACCUCUGCCUCAACCUGCAGAUUGUUCAGCUUGCCCCUCAGUACUCAAUGUUUGGCACACAAGUCUGGUACAACGCCACCAGCGACUCAAUCGAGCCCUGCUCAAUCAAUGCGCCAGCAGACUCGUGUGUCAUGACUCAGAUCGGCCUGAUCACCUCGCGCAUCGUGAUGGGCACCAACUUCUUUGGCAUCAUCUACUACUAUGCCACUUGGGCAAUCAUUGGCGCAUUCCUCAUUGGCUCAAUCAUAGCUGUUGUCAAACGUCGUCGAUCAAACAUCGUAUCAUACGCAGAUGAUAGUGAUGAGGAGAUAUAG